CCUCUUGCCUCCUGCCUUCCAAAUAAUACCGACCAAACAGCGUAUACUGCAUACCAAUUGGCAAGACUUUGCAUAGGUGCAUCAGUCCACCUCUAGAAGACGUGGGCAAACGUUACAUUUCUGCAACUGAUGGAGUGACGAAUUGUUUCGUGGACUACUUAUUUCUGGGCAUCUCAUUCGGAAUGAUUUGCUCUAUUCCCAAUAUUACACUGUAAUACGAAGAUUGGCAGGACUUUUUUGUGUGCUGUUUUUUACGAGAAACCAUUUACUGCUAAUAUUUUAUCUUAAUAUCCCAAGAUGUCACUUACCGCCGCUGAUCUCAGUAAAGGAGCCAUGUCCGAGUUCCAGGAGCAGAUGCGUCAACAGCUGGAGAGCUCCAUGCACAAGGAGCUGGAGAAGCUAGGGGCCACCACCAAGGGUGCCGAGGCAGAGAUAUCCAAAAAGGACUUUGAGGGUUUCAGAAACCUCUUCCACAGAUUCCUCCAGGCAAAGGGACCCUCAGUCGACUGGGCCAAGAUCCACAGACCCCCAGAGGGUUCGAUCCAUCCCUAUGAAGAUAUCAAAUCCAAGGGUUUGCCAGACAGCGUGGCGGCCAGUCUUAACAAGCUGGUGGUGGUCAAGCUCAAUGGAGGCUUGGGGACCAGCAUGGGAUGCAAGGGCCCCAAGAGUCUCAUCAGCGUCCGCAACGAGAACACCUUCCUGGACCUCACCGUCCAGCAGAUUGAGCACUUGAACAAGACCUUCAACACUGAAGUGCCUUUGGUCCUGAUGAACUCCUUCAACACAGACGAGGACACCAAGAAGAUCCUGCAGAAAUACGCACAUCACAGGGUGAAGAUCCACACCUUCAAUCAGAGCAGGUAUCCCCGCAUCAACAAGGAGUCCCUGUUGCCCAUCGCCAGAGAUAUGAGCAUGACCGGGGAGAACAGCGAGGCCUGGUACCCUCCAGGUCAUGGCGACAUCUACGCUAGCUUCUACAACUCCGGCCUGCUGGACAAGCUCAUAGCGGAGGGCAAGGAGUACAUCUUUGUGUCCAACAUCGACAACCUGGGGGCCACGGUGGACCUGUUCAUCCUCAACCACCUGAUGAGCCAGCCAGCCGACAAGCGCUGCGAGUUCGUCAUGGAGGUCACGGACAAGACCAGGGCCGAUGUCAAGGGCGGUACUCUUACCCAGUAUGACGGCAAGCUGAGACUCCUUGAGAUCUCCCAGGUGCCCAAGGCCCACGUGGACGAGUUCAAAUCGGUCACUAAGUUCAAGAUCUUCAACACCAACAACCUGUGGAUCUCACUGAAUGCCAUCAAGAGGCUGCACGAGCAGAACGCCAUGGACAUGGAGAUCAUCGUCAACCCCAAGACACUAGACGGAGGCCUGAAUGUGAUCCAGCUGGAGACUGCCGUUGGCGCCGCCAUCAAGAGCUUCGACAACGCCCUGGGCGUCAACGUGCCCCGCAGCCGUUUCCUGCCCGUCAAGACCUCCUCCGACCUGCUCCUGGUCAUGUCCAACCUCUACAGCCUCGAUGCCGGCUCGCUCACCAUGAGCAAGAAGAGAGAGUUCCCCAGCACGCCCCACGUCAAACUGGGCAGCUCCUUCACCAAGGUCCACGACUACCUGACCAGAUUUGAGAGCAUCCCUGACAUGCUGGAACUGGACCAUCUCACAGUGUCGGGAGACGUCACCUUUGGAAAGCAAGUCUCUCUCAAGGGCACGGUUAUAAUCAUUGCCAAUCAUGGAGAUAGGAUUGAUAUUCCUGCCGGAGCAUUGCUGGAAAACAAGAUUGUAUCUGGCAACCUGCGCAUCCUUGAUCACUGAGGUCUUCAGAACCUUUUCACACACACACACACACACACAAGACUCAUGGCUAAGGACAAGCUUGUUUGUAACAAAUGCAAGGACUGUUACAGAAAGAGACCUACAGAUUUGAAAGAAUUAUCAGUGUUUGACACAAUUAUCCUACAGUCUUGGCCCAUUAAAGGGGACUGGUUCUUGCUCUCUAAUGCUGUGAUUGGGUACAACAUCACACGCAACACUUCUAAGGCUGUUACAUGGUUGUGUGAUUCAGUUCUGAGCUUCAAAGUUUUACUCACCACUUUGUCUCCAAUUAUAAUAAAAGUGAAUUUGAUUCAUUUUAAUAUUC